CAGGAAAGUUCUCCGCAGACAAAUGUUUGGCGCUCUCCAUGACCGAGUACACGUAGAAAUCCCCGAGAACUGAGCUGCGGGCUGCACACUCGGAACAAGCACAAGACCGGAGAGGCGCUUCACUGGGGGAAUAGAGGAAGAGGAGAGGAAGGGGGACAAAGAGAGAGAGAGAUCCUAUCUCACUCUCCAACUUGAGGUUCAGCGGAUCGCAACUGCAGGACAAUGUCUAGUAAAGCGACUUUAGCCUUACUCAUCUAUGGAAUCAUAAUGCAUUACAGCGUCCACUGCUCACCUGUGGGGCUUAGCUUUCCAAGCGUUAGACUUGACAGUGAGGUGUAUGAUGAGGAUGGGAACUCUUUACCGUCCCUGGAUUACGACAGAGAGCAGAUGGAGGUGAGGAGCCCUCCGUCUGCGGCGGACGACGUCUUCACUUUGUAUUUCCCACCAGAGAAAAGAACGGAAAGGCAUGCAGACGGCAUGUUUAAUAAAGCCUACAGGAAAGCGCUGGGUCAGUUAUCAGCCAGGAAAUAUCUGCAUUCUCUGAUGGCAAAACGUGUAGGCGGGGGGAAAACGCUGGACGACAGCUCAGAGCCUCUGUCCAAGCGACACUCAGACGGGAUCUUCACAGACAGCUACAGCCGCUACCGGAAGCAAAUGGCAGUCAAGAAAUACCUGGCAGCAGUCCUGGGGAAAAGCCUUGAAGACAUAGGUUUUCACCCAAUCCUACAAGACAUAGACUUUGACGCCCUCCCGGACGGGGAUGAGUUUGAGGCUUUUUUGGGAGACUGGCUGAAACAGUUCUCUCCCGAAUUUCCGGCUUUGUGACGCAGGAAGCAGUUUGCGGCUGUGGUGCCUUGCAUCGACUUUAAAAUCGCCAUUGAAUCACAGAUGGCUAUUUAGUGGCCCUACAAUGCUGCACAUCAUCAGCUUACAUUUCACUCUUUUGUUGUUGUUUUUGUGUUGCACAGACGUUUGAUAGAAUCUUUAGAAGCCUCCAGCUUUAGACAACAAGCGUCCUCGCUUGCACUGCUUUCUUUUGCACUAGACGUAGAUGUGAACAUAGAGGGAAGAAUCAGUUUCCCGCUCUCCAUGAAACGUUAUAUGUAUGAUAUUGAAAGCGCCAAUAGCCUUACAAAAAUGAAAUAAUCUUCAAAGAUAUAUAUAUAUAUAUUUAUUGUGUAGAAA